CUCUGCGCGGAGCCUGCGCGGUGCCGCCGGGCACGGCGGGGCGAUGGGCGAGCGACGCUGAGCGCCAUGCGGGGCUCCGAGCCCAUGCCCGGCUACGGGCAGCUGCUGCGGCGCGGAUACGGCAGCCUGGUGGCGGCCGCGCGGGGCUGCGCGGACUGCGGCUGGGAGCUGUCGAGGAGGACGUGGGCCGAGAACGCGCACCUGCGCUGGGGAGAAGUGCUGCUGUGCGGGCUGUGCGCGCUGGGUUGGACCGUGCUGCGCCGCGCCGCCGCCCGCCGCGUCUUUCGGCCCUUCGGUGAGUGGUGCAAGCUGCAGCCAAAAGAUGCUGCCAAGAUGCCUGAGAGUGCCUGGAAGCUGCUUUUCUACACAAUAUCCUGGUCCUAUGGCUGCUACCUGCUGUUCUUCACUGAUUACCCCUUCUUCUACGACCCACCGUCCGUUUUUUAUGACUGGAAGAAGGGCAUGGAUGUGCCCACGGACAUCGCUAUCGCCUACCUGUUGCAGUGCAGCUUCUAUGGGCACUCCAUCUAUGCCACUGCCUACAUGGACACGUGGCGCAAGGACUCCGUUGUCAUGCUGCUCCACCACGUGGUUGCUCUGACCCUUAUAGCCUUCUCCUACGCUUUCAGGUACCACAACGUGGGCAUCCUCGUGCUCUUCCUGCAUGAUGUUAAUGACGUGCAGCUGGAAUUCACUAAGCUCAAUGUCUACUUCAAGCACCGGGGGGGUGUCUACCAUCGGCUCAACGACAUCAUCUCCAACAUUGGCUGCCUCACCUUCAGUGUCAGCUGGUUUUGGUUCCGUCUCUACUGGUUUCCCCUCAAGGUGCUCUACGCCACUUGCUACUCCAGCCUCCAGUCGGUUCCUAAUAUCCCCUUCUAUUUCUUCUUCAAUGCUCUGCUCCUUGUCCUCACUCUGAUGAACAUCUACUGGUUUCUGUACAUCGUCCUGUUUGUGGCCAAGGUGCUGAUGGGGCAGGUGCACGAGGUGAAUGACGUGCGUGAGUACGAUGUGGAGGACAGCAAGAAAACCACAGCGGGCAAGAAGAAAGAGAGUGGGCUCCAGCUGCCCAAUGCUCUGAAAGAAGGGAUGCACCUGAAGAACGGACUUGUGAAAGACAAGCGGUUAUAAGAGAGUGGCUGCUGCAGCCUGGCUGGAUCUGGGGACUGAGCCAGGACCCUACGCUCAAUCCCAGCAAAUGAAAGGCACAAGAAGAGCUUAAUCCCCAACGCCCCUUCAUCCCCUGCCUGGAGCCGGGGAAGAGAUGCCACUGAUGGAACAGGCCCCUGCCAGGCCUUGCCUGUGACCAGGCUUCACCUGAUGCUGUGUACUUUCUGUAGCCUGUACGUGCUGGUUCAGUUGAGAGGCAGUGGCUUUGCUGGUCCAGGUAGGAUUUGGAGCUGGCUUUAGGUCCCCUGGUGCUUCCUCUUUCACUCCAUCCAUCCCUCAGCUAUUCUCAGUCUCUUUGUGAUUUCUCCUGUUGUUUGCAUUGGCCCCUCCCCACCACUCUGCCUCAGCAGCACUGAAGGGUUCUCUGAUGCAGUGUCAGGUGGGGAGGGAAACGUCCUCUCCCCCAUUGGCACUGCAGUAUCAGGCAUAGGGAACCCAAAGCCAGCUCUGCUCCUGGAGCCAGCAGGCAGCAGAGAGGUGAAGCAGUGCACUUCUGGGCCUUGCUGACCUGGAGGGGUCUCUAACUCGGAGAUGUCUGUGCUUCUCUGGAGGCUGCAGCAUGCAGCACAGUUCUCUCGUGCAGGUCUUCCUGGAAACCCAGCCCUACAGCAUUAUUCCGGCCCAGGAUGAGGGCCAGGACAUCUUGUUCGCUUAAAAAGCCCAUGUAAGAGAUAUCUGCAGACUCUUGCCCAGCAACGUCUGCUUGCUUGAGUGAAGAGCAGUCAAUCUCUGCUGCCUGUGCUGGUUUUCCAGGCAGCGUUGACCCGAGCCUGGUGGGGUCUGGGGGCUGGGGCUGACCCAGCACAGAGCUCCCCCUGGUUGGAAUCAGUAGGCAGUGGUAGGAUACUGGAUGCAUCAACUCCAGGCAUCAUAGGUUGACUAAUUAUUAUUUUUUUUAAUUUUAUUUUUUACUGUUUGAUCUCUUUAUGUUGAUUUGACUCACUGCUGCCACGUGAGCCUCAGGGAAACUGAAAGCAAAAUGUGA